GUAGCACAGUCUAGGCAACUUUCAGACUUGAUGCUUCCUCCUCAGAACGCCUCGCUCGAUGUAUCACUUACAUACGUGUGUAAAUAGAUUAGAUUACCGUUAUUAAAUAAUUAAAUAAUACACGCGUGCUUCAGUUUUUCGCGGUGUGGCUUUUAUACGUACCGAUUUAUUCACAAGACCCGCAAUUCGGGAGUGAUUCGACGUCACCGGAAUAUGAAAUGGCAAGAUUCGUAGCGUGUAUUGUAUUAGUUUAUUUAAGUAUAUGUUGUAAUAUACUAAAUGCAGAUGAAAAUCACGACAACAAUGUCAGUGAUGCAACACAGAAGCCACCUUAUAAAAGUCCAGAACCUUCCGGCUUUGCUUACUUAGCAGAGCAUUUUGACAAUGAAGAAAGGUUUAAGGACACAUGGGUAUUAUCAGAAGCAAAGAAGGAUGAUAUCGACGAGGAUAUCUCAAAAUACGAUGGAAUUUGGUCCAUCGAAGAACUGAAAAGACAUGCUGAAAAUGGAGAUUUCGGACUAGUGCUUAAAAGCAAAGCUAGACACGCUGCCGUUUCUACUUUAUUAACUAAGCCGUUUUAUUUUAAAGACAAGCCUUUCAUUGUACAAUAUGAAGUUAAUUUUCAAGAAGGACAGGAAUGUGGUGGUGCCUAUCUUAAGUUGCUCACUUUAGAUGAUAAACAUAGCAGCUUGAAGCAGUUUCAUGAUAAAACACCAUAUACCAUAAUGUUUGGGCCUGAUAAAUGUGGCAACGAUCAUAAGCUGCAUUUUAUAUUCCGACACAAGAAUCCACUGAAUGGUACAAUCACGGAGAAACACUGUAAGAAAUCGAAAGAUCGGUUAGAAGACUACUUCAAAGAUAAAAAUCCGCAUCUGUACACCCUGAUCAUACGGCCUGAUAACAGUUAUGAGAUAAGAGUGGACAAUAAAGUAUUAAAUUCAGGCUCGUUGCUGGAUGAUUUCGUUCCACCGGUAAAUCCGCCUCUAGAGAUAGAGGAUCCCGAUGACAAGCAACCCGAAGACUGGGACGACAGGGAAAAGAUUCCUGAUCCGUUGGCGAUCAAGCCGGAGGACUGGGAUGAGGAUGCACCGGUGCAAAUUGUCGAUGAGACGGAUGUUAUGCCAGAGGGAUGGCUCGAGGACGAGCCGCCGACGAUACCGAAUCCGGAUUCGAUCAAACCCGACGACUGGGACGACGUAAUGGACGGCGAGUGGGAGGUACCGGAAAUACCGAACCCGAAGUGCGCUGACGUCCCUGGUUGCGGACCGUACAAGCAGAAAAUGAAGAAGAAUCCGCGAUAUAAGGGAAAAUGGUUGGCACCGCUCAUCAACAAUCCCAAUUACAAAGGAAAGUGGAAGCCGAGACUCGUACACAACCCCGAUUACUUCAACGACGAACAUCCGUUCAAGAUGUUGCCGAUUAAUGCUGUCGGUUUUGAGUUAUGGUCGAUGUCACUCGACAUAUAUUUCGAUAAUCUUAUCAUAACGGAUGAUGAGGGAGUCGCCAGGAAAUGGUCGGACGAUACCUUCGAGAUUCGACGUGUUAAAAUCGCCGAAGAGAGCUGGACCGUAUGGAAUCGGAUCGCGACGUUUACCGCGGAUCAUCCGUGGAUAUGGGCAGUAUAUAUUUUGGUAGUUGCGAUCCCAGUAGUGCUGCUAAUAUACUAUUGCUGCUUCUAUGAGGAUAAGUCGGAAUUAAAAGAAGACGAAGAUAAACAACCCUUGAGCAUAAACGACGAUCUCGCGGAAAUUGAGAAAGAUGAAUUGCAAUCUUCCAAUCUCGACCUUUCGGAUCAGGAGCCCAUUAUUGAGGAAAUAGAAGAUAAAGAAAUUGGAACGGAAGAAGUGAUGGAGAGCGAUAAGGAUACACCGUUGGCUAGUGGCGAAGGACCACGUCGAAGAAAACCAAAUAAAGAAUAAUAAGACAAAAGAUUCUAAAAAGAAAUUAUCGCGCUGAUAUUUAUGUAAUACUAUCACAUUCCACAUUACACUUGCCACUGUGGAUAGUAGGGUUACCAAAUCACUAGCAAAUCCAGUCACUGCGACGUGAUCAAUAGUAUUUAAUUCCAUGUCUAAGGAUACUGACACUUGACUUCGUAUAUAUAAAUUAUCACCGAUAUAUUGAAGAAAAUUAUUCAUUACAUACGUUUUCGUAUAUUGAGUAAUGUAUGAUGCAUCUGUAUUCGAAAAAGAAAAGAAAAUUGCAAGAAUGCUGACCCGUUAGAGAACAAAAGAUGCCUUAAUAGCACAUAAUAUUUAUAUAUUUGUGUAUUUCUGGUUAUGAUCUUGUGAAAUGUUUUAGCGUUAAGAGAAUAGGCCCAUUUUAUUCGGUUUAUAAAUUUAAUAACGCCAGUCGGACAAAUUAGCAGAUAAGGUCGUAGAGAAAUCGGCCGAGUGAAACAUACGAAUAGGAGAGAGAUGCAUCAUUCAAUAGGUACUGUGUGCGCUAUUACUGUGGAGUCGAAUGUAACUGUAAAUCAAGCAGCUUUGUCCGACGGUGUGUUGUAUAAAUUUGCAAAUCUGUUUUUGUUUCUCCAACACCUCGACGACUCAACGCAUAAUCGCUUUUCCUAAAUAUCAUAAAAAUGGAGAUGACUGAAAAUACACAGAGGAAAUGAAUUUAGGAAUCACUGAUCUGAGAUGCAAGAGGGCAUUUAUACUUGUAGGCAUCGAUCGGCCACCAUAAUAGUUGAUAUAUAAUAAUUUCGUCGUUAUUAUUAAUUAUAUCAUGUAAUAUUCGUCAAUUUCAAUGUGUUAUCAAGUUAUUUCAGUUAAGAAGCAUGUCCACACAUACGGUACACAUUAAUGUAAUCAGGUACUACGUUAUUUGUAUUCGAUUGAUCGUGAACGAAAUAAAAUCCAAAGAGACAAAGAUAAGAAGAA